UUAAUGAUUAAUCGUAUUUUUUAUUCCAGUGGGAAAAUUAUUGCAACGCGUAGCAAAAUAAUAUUAAUUUUUAGUUUUAAAACAGUGAAACGCAGGUGCAAUUUAACUAAAUUUUGCCCAUGGAGGUGUUCAACAAGCUGUACACGUCGGUGACGCAAACUGUUUCCCAAUUGUCUUCGGUUUUGCCGGGAAAUCCCGUGACUAGGGAGUACGACAUCACUGGACAUAUUGCUAGCGCUGGAAGGGGAUGCAUGUGGAAAAUCUACUCUGGCACCAAAAAAUCGACCGGACAAGAGGCAUCAAUAUUCCUCCUGGAGAAAAGACUGUUCGAACGCUACUCCAAAGAAGACCGAGAGGAAAUAUUCGAAAUUGCCCGGAGAGGAGUAACACAGAUUACGAAAAUCCGACAUCCACAAGUGCUUACAGUGCAGCAUCCCCUGGAAGAAAGUAGAGAAAGUUUCGCAUUUGCCACGGAGCCGGUCUAUGCCAGUCUGGCCAAUGUGCUCGGAGACACAACGAACCUGCCGGCGCCGGUUAUCUCAGAGUUGGGCAGCUACAGUCUGUAUGAGACGGAAAUCAAAUACGGUUUGCUACAGCUAAUUGAAGGGAUCCAGUUCAUUCACAAUGAGACCAAGCUGGUCCAUCGAAACAUCAGUCCGCAUAGUGUGGUUCUGAAUUCGCAUGGAAUUUGGAAAAUCUUCGGGUUCGACUACUGCGUGAGCAGCGAAAAUGCCAAUCGCUACGAUUACAAUCCCAAUCAGAACGUUUUGGCCAUACCGAGCCUGGAGUACACCGCUCCUGAGUGUGCCCUGGAGAAUGGGUACUCAGCACGGGCUGACUAUUAUGCACUGGGAGUGCUCAUAGGUGCAAUAUAUGCAAAGAAGUGCAAUCCAUUCAAAACUUUCGGGCGGGACUACACCGCAUUCAAGAAGCAAGCUCAAGAGCUACGUUCCGGGAAGUGUCCAAAUCUUAUGAACGUUCCGCAGGGCAUUCGAAGCCAUGUGGAGAAACUGUUGACGGCCAGCCCCGAAAGGAGACCGGAUUUGGUGCAAAUUAGUAAGGUUCCAUAUUUUGACGACAUUGGAGUGAAAAGUCUGAGCUACCUGGACACACUGUUCCAACGAGACAAUCAGGACAAAGCCAAAUUCUACAAGGGGUUGCCUCAGAUCAUCAAAAUGCUUCCGGCUCGCAUCAACCUACAUCGAAUACUGCAAUGUCUCGUCAAGGAGUUCAUUCAUCCCACUAUGAUACCGUUCGUACUGCCAAACGUCCUUCUGAUAGCCGAGAACUGCACCAAGGCCGAGUACGAGAAACACAUUUUUCCUCACAUAAAAUCUAUUAUGAGCCUACAGGACCCGGUGCAGAUUCUGCUAAUUUUCAUGCAAAACAUGGAACUUCUACUGAAGCUGACCUCAGCUAAUGAUGUCAAACUCUAUGUGCUCCCGAUGGUGUACAAAGCACUCGAAUCAAAUUCCACACAAGUGCAGGAACUCUGUCUGGCCGUGCUGCCCUCGUUCGCAAACCUGAUCGAUUACCCUUCUAUGAAAAACUCACUUUUGCCGCGCAUCAAACAUCUUUGUGCAAAGAGUGCAGUGGCAUCGGUGCGGGUCAACUGUCUGUUGUGCGUUGGUCAGUUGCUUCCCCAACUGGACAAAUGGUUGGUGCUAGACGACAUACUGAUGUUCCUGCCGACGGUAGCUCCCCGCGAGCCGGCCGUCAUCAUGGCAAUUGUUGGUAUCUACAAAGUUGCUGCAAAUCACGAGAUGCUCGGCAUACCGAAGGAAUUUGCGGCCAAUAAAGUUCUUCCUUUCCUGUGGCCCUUGUCAAUCGAGAACGGCCUAACUUUGCAACAGUACAAUGUAAUUAUGGCGUUCGUGAGUGAACUGUCGCAAAAGGUCCAAUCCGAACACACAAGAAAGUUGGAACAGUUGAAUACUGGACCAACGGACAGUAACCCAUUACAGUACGACAUUUUGGCACCUUCCAAAACAGCCGAUAAUGGCAACUCCGAGGAUCACCAAAUCGGUAUAACUACGAAAGAGUUUGUUGACAAGGCGAAAAUUGAGAAGCCAGCAACGUCCCGGCCGCUGACUCUUAGCGAAAUGAAACCCAUGGAGAACAGCGUCCCAAAAAUAAGUGCACCAGUGAGCACAGCACCAUCGAUGAACACCGCAUUCCAAUUGCAACCGACGCAACCAUCCCCAUUUGUGCCACCGCCAUCCACAUUCCAGCCCAUGCCGAUGUGGCAACCGCAGCGACCGGUAGCGGUACCACAGUACAAUCCAGUCGGUGCCAGCUUCAAUGGAAAUCCUUCGAUGGAUCAGUUUCAAGCUCUUCUGCCCGCUACGACAAGCAGCAGCAGCCAUCAUCAUUUGAGUAAUUCAAACAUUCAAACGAAAACUCCGCUGCUUCAGCCUAUGAACAAUUCGCGAAGCAGUGCCACAGCAACUAGUCAAGGAAGCAACAUUCUGACAAAGGAGGAUAUAUUAGAGUUUUUAAAGUGAAGUUACUAUAACCUAUGUACUGUCUAGCAAACUUAUGCGUUUAAUGCAUUUCACUUGUACUUAAUGUCAUAUAGCAGCAUUUCAUAUCAAUGAUCUUAUUAUUUGACACUAUUUUACGUCACAAUCCGUAAAUCUUUUCCGGAUUCAGUUAAAGUUUCAAUCAAUUCGAAUUAUAGGGAACGUUAUUAUUGUAAAUAUUUAGUAAAACACUGUUUGGAACAAGUAACUUCUUUUAAUAUCGAAUGACUACAUUCCUAAAAAGCAUCAUAUGUAUGUACCACUAUUUAAGAAGUGGAACUCUAUCAUACCAGUGUUAGCGAAACGAAACACUACAUAAAGCAUGGAAAUAGAAAAUAAUUUUCAUUUGUUAUUUACAUAAUUUAUUCGUCACUGUAACGUAUUUUAGUAUAUGUCCAAUAAAAAUAUGUUGUGCAUUUAAUCAA